CAUCGCUGGUGGUUAGAUAACGGCUAAAACCACCUGGUAAACCGAGGAUCAACAUGGCUCUGAGAUUUGUGGCCAAGUCCUGCCGAUCCCUGCUUCGCAGCGAUCCUGCUUCAUUAUGGACCCGAACCCUGGCCCACUAUCCCGUUAACGAUGCCAUGUUUGGAUUGGAUGAGGAUCGCCAGAAGCUGAGGGAAGUGGCCUUUAACUUCUUCCAGAAGGAACUGGCGCCUCUGGCUAAGGAGAUAGACAAGCUAGAUAACUUCAAGGAUAUGCGCCCCUUCUGGAAGAAACUGGGUGACCUGGGCUUCCUGGGAAUCACUGCUGAGCCGGACUUUGGAGGCACUGGAGGCUCCUACCUCGAUCAUUGCAUCAUUAUGGAGGAGUUCUCAAGAGCUGCUGGUGGCGUGGCCCUGUCCUACGGAGCCCAUUCUAACCUCUGCAUUAACCAGUUGACCAAGAAUGGCACUCCGGAGCAGAAGGAGAAGUAUCUGCCCAAGCUGUGCAGCGGGGAGCACGUUGGUGGACUGGCCAUGUCCGAGCCAGGUGCCGGAUCCGAUGUGGUGUCCAUGAAACUGCGUGCUGAGCGGAAAGGCGACUAUUAUGUUCUUAAUGGAUCCAAGUUUUGGAUUACCAAUGGAUCGGACGCCGACACUUUGAUUGUCUAUGCCAAAACGGGAAGCAGUGAUGUCCCGAACAAGCAUUCCAUUACGGCUUUUAUCGUGGAGACCGCUUGGGAGGGCUUCAGUGUGGCCCAAAAACUGGAUAAGCUUGGCAUGCGAGGCAGCAGCACCUGUGAGCUGGUCUUCCAGGACCUGAAAGUCCCUGCCAAGAACAUCCUGGGCCAGGAGAACAAGGGCGUUUAUGUGCUAAUGUCCGGAUUGGACUUUGAACGCCUGGUGCUGGCCGCUGGACCCGUUGGACUAAUGCAGGCUGCUUGCGACGUAGCCUUCGAUUACGCCCAUCAGCGCAAGCAGAUGAACCAGCUCAUUGGCGAGUUCCAACUACUUCAAGGCAAGAUGGCCGAUAUGUAUACCACCCUAAGUGCCUGCAGGAGCUAUCUGUACACCGUGGCCAGGUCCUGUGACGCUGGCAAUCGCAGCCCCAAGGACUGCGCUGGGGUUAUCCUCUACACUGCCGAGAAGGCCACGAAGGUGGCUCUGGAUGCCAUUCAGAUUUUGGGUGGCAAUGGCUACAUCAACGAGAAUCCCACCGGACGCAUUUUGAGAGACGCCAAGCUGUACGAGAUCGGAGCCGGCACCUCGGAGAUCAGAAGGUGGUUGAUUGGUCGCCAGCUGAACCAGGAAUACAAGUGAUUAUCUCUGAGGAAUCUAAUGAGCCAGAACUGCAUUUACGCAAGGACUACUGUGGAAUUUAAGGGAUUAACUCCCCGACCUGACAGACUAAAAGUUGCAUUUAUUUUUGAAAAGAUUUCUAAAAUCUAUAAUCGUAUGUAUGUUGUUUCCAUGUUUGUAUAAUAUAUGUGUGCCUUAAUAAAACGAAAUAGACAGAUCUUGUUAAAAUAUGGUUUUUAUUUUAUUAAUUUACAAAAAGUACACAAUUUAAAUAUUCAACUGCAUACACGACUCGCACAUGUACGUACUACGUAUAUACAAAAAGAGGGAAAUCAAAAAAUUAUAUGAUUACAACGUAUAUAGAGUUCACAACUGAAGAACAUAGAUGUCCUUGGCGUUAGGAAAUAAUAAUAUUUAGUUUUAUUUUUAGUGCACAGUAAUAAAUUGCAUCGAAGAAAUAACAACAAGGUGGAGAAACCAAUUCAGUAAAUGUCACGAUUAUUAAUGGGUUAAUUGUGUAAUUUCGUUGAAUUUAAGAAAAUAUUCGCUUUCAGAUUGGCAAUUAAAUGGCAGAUUUACGAAAAA